UGGCCUAUGCCUCACGAGGAGUAAGGGGCAUAAGUAUUCAAGUAAGCUCUCCAAUAAAGAAUGAAUUUUCAGUUAGACGUUCUGAACACAUGAAUAAUAACUACCUGUCCGUGAAAUUUUAAAAAUUAUACAAGUUCAAUCUGGUAACACUGCUGAUGAAGGUAAAAAUUAUGGCGAACUGUCACCAAAGUUAAUAUUUCAAAUAGUAUUCGCCAAGGUUGUUCGCUUUUCCUAUUUUGUUUUUUUAAUUUUGCUUAGACAUUCAGCUAUAACAGUCUCAUCGUGUAUCUUAUAAGAAACUGCUUCAAGCAACAAUAUUUGUAUGUCUGUGGUGGGUUGCGUUUCCUCCAAAUGCAAAAUAUUACUUCGAAACGGGCUUGGAUGAACACCUAAACUGGUAGUGGGAAGUAAAGCAGCCGAGUGUCCCGAUCACUUGAUUUUUCUCGGAGGUAUCUCAUCAACCUUGAUGAGGUGUUGUCUGAUAGAGUCUUGUCAGGAAUGACGGAAGUUUUUUUGGUUUUUUCAGUGUAUAUUAUAACUUUUCAGCCGGACUGUACUACAUAUCCAUCCACUUUAAUUCAAGUACCUUGCACACGAAAAGUUUAGCUCAAAAUAUCCGAAUAUCCACUUGGUAAAUAAGUCGCUCUGUUAUCAUUGGUAUAAGAUGUCGUAACAAUAUUGCACGAUAAUCGAGUUCUGUGUCUAAAUUAUUCAUUUAAGAAUAAAUAGACCUUUAGCUUAACAUUCGAAAAUGAAUAAUACAAUUUGCAGUCACUUAAAAACCUGAAACUACUUUUUUGUUUAAAUAUGAUUGUUAUUCAUGUUCUUAUAACUUUUUUUGCUUUUUCAAGAAAUGAAUAACGACGACGUAAUAUGGCACACUAUCAACCAUUCAUUCUGUUCUUUUGUUGUCAAAACUAAAACAGGAAGGUUUUGCAGAAAUGAUGACAAUGUGACAGGAUUGUGUAAUCGACAUUCUUGCCCAUUAGCCAACUCACAGUAUGCCACUAUAAAAGAAAGAGAUGGUAUCAUCUACCUGUUUGUCAAGGAACCUGAACGUAUACCUUAUCCUGGUAAACAGUGGGAGCGGAUUAAAUUGCGCCGGAAUAAAGAACAAGCUCUGAAACAAAUCAAAGAGCACUUAUUAUAUUGGGAUAAAUGGAUAAUAAGUCGUGUUAAGCAGAGAUUCUUUCGCACAAGAGAAUAUCUUAAAAAUAUGCGGCGUUUGGCCUUAUCAAGACAAAAGAAAUUAGAACCUAUUAAUCGUACGGUUGAAAAACGUGAAUUAAGGAGAGAAGCAAAAGCAUUACGUGUAGCACGCAUUGAACGUACUGUAGAACAAGAACUCUUAGAAAGAUUACGCGCAUCAACAUCUUCCAAGGAAAUAUAUAACAUAGAUCAAUCUGCCUUUGAAAAGGCUCUGGAAGCUGAAGAAAUAAAUGAAGAAGAAUCUGAUGAAGAAUACGAGGAAGAAGAAGAAGAAAUCGCCUACACUUCAGGAUCUGACGUUGAAGAUAUUGAAGAUAUCGGAGUGAUCGAUGAGGAAAAUGAAGAAGAGGAAGCUGAACAUAAUCUUGUUCUGACAAAUCCUAAAAAGAAGCGUAAAGUUACCAUUCACUAUGAAAAAGAUGAAUGA